AAGACGGAUUGCAAGAAUUAAGGUCAAGAUUGGCAAGAGUUCAUUGUGCCAACAAUCAAGCAAGAAUAUUCAAAAUAAAUUGAUAAAGAUUUGUAAUUAUUGUAACUGAUGCAUAUGUUUAGCUAGAAUUAUUGUAUUACCCUAAAUAUGUAGAUAGGCUUUUGUAUAUAAGUCAUACUCUAGCAUACCAAUCAAGUAUGGGAAAAUUAUCUCUUUACAUUUGAGCAAUUCUUAUUCCUUUAUAUGGUAUCAAGAGAGCCAAUCUCUGACGAGCCAACGAUCUAAGUUCCAAAUAUGUCUUCCUCUUCCGAUCAAACUCCAACCUUUACCCUCAACCCGCAAUCCUCCUCUGCCACAGAAAAACAACUCAUUGCCUUCAAUAUUACUGCCCAAAUCAACGAGAAAUUAACUCCCUCCACCUUCCCGCAAUGGCGUGCUCAAUUCGAAGCACUCCUCAUUGGCUACGAUUUAAUCGACUAUGUCGAAGGCACUUUUUUGUGCCCCUCUUCCACUGGUGCCGCUGCCGAUCUGCUGCGCAAGAACCAUUGGAUUCGUCAGGAUAAACUUAUCCUAAGUGCCCUUCUAGCUUCGACCUCCCCGUCAAUUACACCACUCAUUGCUACGGCAAAAACCUCUCACGAAGCUUGGAAAAAGCUAAAAACCUUGUAUGCUAGCCGAUCCCGAACUCGUGCUAUGCAAUUGAAAGAGGAACUCACCUUAAUCCAAUGUGGAAAUCGGCCGAUCACAGAAUAUCUCCACGCUGUGAAGGCCUUGGCUGAUGAAAUCGCCAUUAUCGAUCAUCCCAUCUCAGAUGACGAUUUAACCCUCUAUGUGUUGAAUGGGUUAGGAUCUGAUUUUCGGGAGAUAACUGCACCAAUUCGAGCCCGGGAAAACUCAAUGGUGUUUGAAGAGCUACACGACCUCUUGGUUGGUCACGAAUCUUAUCUUCGACGUUUGGAGACAGCUACUCAGCAAAUGGUAAUGACAGCAACCUACACGUCUAAGGGGAAAUCUUUCUCCGGAGAUGACUUCUCCAAGAGGUCUCAUAAAAUGAACGCGAAUCACCGUACUCAUGGCCAAAGCUCAGCCCGCCAAUCAAAUGGCUACCAACGUGAUAUAUGACGUGCCAAUAAUGGAUUUAGCAAACCCAGCAACAACCAUAAACGUUACAAUCCUCGCUGCCAAUUUUGUGAACAAAUGGGACAUACUGCAAAGUCUUGUCCCCGAAUUCAGUCAAAUGGAUUCACAGCUAAUUGCACAACUACUUCCAAUGGAAAAGACAAACCAUGGCUUUUGGACUCGGCGGCGUCUCAUAAUAUAACGGGUGAUCUUGCCAAUCUGUCCAUUCACUCUGAAUAUGAUGGUACUGAUGAAGUAAUUCUUGGAGAUGGUUCAGGUUUGCCUGUCUCACAUAUCGGUUC